UCCAUACUUCCGCGAAACCCUAGCACCGCUAUAUAACUUCCCUAUCGUGCUCCUCCGCGCACCCUCCCCGCAACCGCGCCGCCGCCGCCGCUACAACCGCGCGCCUCGCUUCCUCUCCCGUCGCCGAGAUGACGAAGCGCACCAAGAAGGCCGGAAUUGUUGGCAAAUAUGGAACUCGGUAUGGUGCUAGCUUGCGUAAGCAAAUCAAGAAGAUGGAGGUAUCUCAGCACUCCAAGUACUUCUGUGAGUUCUGUGGGAAGUUUGCUGUGAAGAGGAAAGCAGUUGGAAUUUGGGGAUGCAAGGACUGUGGGAAGGUCAAGGCUGGUGGUGCUUAUACCAUGAACACUGCUAGUGCCGUCACUGUCAGGAGCACAAUCCGUCGCUUGAGGGAGCAGACUGAAGCGUAAUUGUAGCUCUUCUCAUCAGGCAUCCUGGGGUUCUCUAUUUGAAUGACUAUAUAUGCUGUUUAGCCGAGAACAUGCUCCAGUAUUUUUGGUUUUUGCUUUAGGAUAUCUGAAAGUGUGGUGCUAAGAUUUGUACUUGGUUGCCAUUAUGACUUUGACAAGUGAUAUUUGAUGCUAUGCCCAUCCUUAUGAUGCCAAAUUUUCGUUCUAGUUUUUAUGCAUCA